AAACAAUCGGUAUAAAACAGAUUCAUAGAUGUGGCUGCAAUGAGAGCAGGAGCAGCAUUGCAAACGCUCCCUGUCCCUGCUAGUAAGAAGUAAUAAAGAAGGAUCUACUUCACUUCUCAUGCUCCUUCAUCUCAUGUGACAAUGGAAAAAAGUCGGAAACAAGUAGUGUGUGAGAUCACCUUCAACAUGCUCAUGCAACGUUUUUAUGACCAUUUUCAUUUUGACGAAUUCGGUGAAAUGUGGUCGGUGCCAAGUAGGAUCAAAAAACAGAAAUCAACGUCAAAAUAAUGGUGAUUGCGGCGGCUCGAAGAGCUGCGUGUGCAGAUCUUCACGACCGUAUGAUCUAAAGAGUAUUUACCCGCCCACAGUGCCCAUCAAUUUUCCUCGCGAAGUUAAAACGAUAUAACCACAUCAACCCUAGAUUUCCCCUAAAGCGCCGUUAUAGUUUUAUUUACUCGCAGCUUGUAGUACCAGCAGCUUGUCCCUGUCAGAUUUUGUUAUAACCACGAUCAACUACCACGUCAUCGUGGUGCACAUAUAAUCUUUUUCUUGUAUGAAGGAGCGCGCAAUUCGUGCAAAUUUGUAUUCUUAAGAUUUCAUGUCUUUACCCACUGCGUCCACCACUGGAAAAAUAGAGUUUUCCCUUCGAAGUAUCAAACGCCAAAUCCCUGCUAGUAGAAACAUCCUACAACUCUUUCGAGCCGUAGUGUUGAUUUUCUUGCGAUCUUUACCGCUUUAUUUCACUGCGGAUUGCUUUUCAAUACCCUCUUCAAACUCCUCAAUGACAAUGGCCAACAGCACAGCUACGUCCUCUCUCGCCGUGGGGGCCGCGGCCGCGAGUACAACUUCUAAAAAGCUGUACGAUGUCGCGGUGGUGGGUGGCGGCCUUGCGGGAUUGACCGCCAGCUACCGCAUCCUUCAACAGCGACCGGAGGCGAAGAUCUUGCUGCUUGAGGCGAAUAGUAAGAACCUCGGCGGGCGGGUACUUUCCUCCACCACCCUGGGGAACGUCGACCUCGGCCCCGCCUGGUUUUGGCCCAGGGACCAGCCCUUCAUGCGGAACAUGGUCCGCGAACUGAAGCUGAACCCCGUGGAGCAAGCAGAUGCGUUCUCGGGCGAAAUGCGCCUCCGAGGGGGCAUCGGAGCUAUCGUGGAAAAAUUGAAAGAAAGCCUGCAUCUUCUCGGAGGGAAUAAAGUGGCCGCUAGUGGAGAAACGACUUCUAAUCCCGCCGGUGGUGCGCAGAUGAAAGCACAAGUAGAGGCUGAUCUUCCAGUAGAUGUGAAACUGGGGGAGAAACUGGUCAAGAUGGAAAAAGCAUCUUCUACUUCUGUUGACGGUGAAGGUACAAGCACUAGCACGAAGAUCGUACGUCUACACACAACGGCGACGACGCCGAUGCUGACCUCCAAUGUUGACCAACAAGCAAACAAUCGGAGCUACGAGGCCAAGCAAGUGAUCCUGGCCGUGCCGCCGAAGAUUGCGAUGCGCGACGUGAAAAUGACGGCGCAGGACUUCCCGUACCUCCUGGGCAACCCGAAGUUGGUAAACGAGAUGAAAAGCCAACCCGUCUGGAUGGCGGGCAUGGGGAAGCUUGUCCUGUUUUACGACACGCGCUGGUGGAACGCGGCCCGGGCCAACCAGACGCCCAUGGGUCCGAUGCGAAGCAAGUACGGCGCGUUUCAGAUUUAUGACGCGGGAGAAGUCCAGGCUGACGCAGCAGUUGAAGGCGACAGGUACUACAGGAUGAACUUGAAUUAUAUUUAUAUUACAAAACACUUUAUUUCUAGUACCGGAAAUAUUGAACCAACUGUCUGAGGAUCUUCAUACAACUUCUAGUAUAAUUGAAAAAAUUCUAAUUCAACAGCUCGGCGAAGCGAAAACUGUACGCCUUAGCCUUCUUCGUCGGCGGGGAGCAGGGAGGUCAAGAAAUUACGACAGACAUGAUGGCUGCCAAGGUCGUGGAGCAGCUGCAGGUCGGUGCUGCCAGCCGCGGAGGUCGUGGUCCUUUUGGUGGUUCCCUCCGGAUGAACCAGAUGAUGAGCUUCGGGUCCUCGUCUGACGACGAUUCUCACGCCCAGGCAACGACUUCCACCAUCGCAAACUAUGCGCACGCGGAAUUCAAGUUUUGGGCCACUGAGCCGGCCAUCAACCCGGACUUUGACGCAAUGUCUGCGGGAGGUGUCGGUCGGGGAAUGAUCUACCCCGCACACCCGCACCCCAUUAGAGGCUUGAACGACGAGGUGAUGGUGAAAAAUAAGUCUUCUUCGUCUUCUGCAGUAGAUCAUCUUCGACGAGUCUGGUUUGGCAACAGCGAGGCCGCGGAAGAAUGGUCGGGCAUGCUCGAAGGGGCCGUGCGAGCCGCCGAACGGGCUGCGGAUCUGGUAGUGAACGCGCUGGAAGCGGAAGAGGAGGCCGUCGGUCAAAAUCUGGAGCUUUAAUCAUAGAAGUACUAGCCCUCCUACUACAUGAUAAUUAAAGCUGAUCUUCACUCAUAUCUAGGGGAUGAAGCCUCUCGUCUCUGUAUCUUAUUUUGUAUGAUAACAAACCUCAUCCUGAUAUAUGAUUAUCCGCAUUGUUCCUUGUGGUCCAUUGAAAAGUAGCAUAAUGUCGUCGCUACAACAUGCGGACACAGGAAACACAAGAGUAAUAGCGUACCACACGGGAUAUAUACGAAAAACCUCAUUACUUUAUUUUAGUCUUGAGCCACGAAUGAACAUCACGCUGGUCCACCCGUACAAUGCUAUACGCGCUGAGAAAUUUCAAAUCUGCACGCCUCUUGCUCGUGUCGGAUUGUACGAUUAAAAUUUGCUUUCGAAAUUCGUAUUUUUCCAAAAGAAUUAUUUUUGCGGUAGACGGUGACAUGACGUACGACGAUUUCUACACGAUGAUGAAAUCCGUCUUCGUAUAACCCGUAUGCGUUGACCUUGACCAUGACCUUAUUUACUAAUUUUUAUUUAACCAUGACCCGCAUGUGUUAAUUUUUAUUUAAAGCACGUCCACCCCCGUCCGAGUGCACGUCUACUACCUACGUUGCGAUCUUUUCCGGAAUUACUAGCGCUGCGGUACACCUUACUACACUAGUAUGACGACCAUCAGAUCAUCAUCUUCGUGUGAUGUUCAUGUUGUUGACCAGUUGUGCUAGCACAAAAACCUAAAACCAUUCAGGAAUUUUACCACUUCUGAAAAAACUGCACUGCAAAUCC